AUGCUGCCCGUAUUACACAAUCAGGUACUCGACUUACUGACCGACUUCACGAACAAAACAAUUGACGGCAGAAUCAGAUUGAAAGCAUCAGAUUUCAAAGCCAACAAGGAUCAGCGGAAACCGAUCAAUAGGCUGAACGAGUAUCUGCUUGGUCCAGAAUAUAAGCGCAAAGUGGCGAUGCUGAGUCCACAGACGAGAGAAGAGAAACUUCGUUUACGGGACAAGUUCGACUUGACUUCUGCGGUGCACAAGGCGGAGUACAAUACUGUGAAGAAGCCUGUAGGAAAGAAGAGUGGUCAGCCAGUUGAACCCGCGCACAAAUUUGAGAUCAAUCUUGAGGGAGACAAUUUCACCGAGGAAAAAUAUGGUAUUUUCUUGAAGUAUCAGGUCCAGGUCCAUAAAGAUCCUGUUUCUCGGUGGGGAGAAUCAGCUUUCAAACGCUUUCUAUGCUCAGGGCUGGAUCGCAAGAUACUGAAGUCAAAUGGUCGCACAAUGAAGCUAGGUUCCUAUCACCAAUGUUACCGAAUCGAUGGUAAGCUGGUGGCCGUUGGGGUUCUUGACCUUUUGCCACAUGCCGUCAGCUCCGUUUAUCUCUUCUAUGAUCCUGAGUAUCAAGAUUGGGAUUGGGGCAAAGUUAGCGCUCUCCAUGAGAUCUCUCUCGCACUGGAAGCAAAAUAUGAAUACUAUUACAUGGAUCCCGAAAGUCUCGAAUGGAACGUACUUGAUGAUGCAUAUCGCAAGCAACUUGACCAUCGGAAAUAUAUUUCUCCUUCUCGAGAUCGUGCCAAUGGCGAAGCGGGAUAUUCAGAUAGCAUCGGCCCUCCGCUUUCUGAACCUUCUUCACAAAUACCCACCGAGUCUGAAAAGCCACCAGAUACCACCAAGAGUAGAGGUCAAACCUUCAGUGACGACCAAGACCUUGAGCUUGACGAAGCAGACAGUGAUGAGGAUGAUGCAGAGAUUCCUGAAGGCUCUUUAUUCGAAUACAACAUACCAGGCGCUCUCAAAAAGGAAGAGGUAGCGAAGCUGGAUCUUGACCACUGGCGGCUGGUAGUGAGAGACUCAUUGAUCGAAUUGGAGGUGCGAUAA